AGGCAAAUGAAUCCUACCAGGAGCUGGUUGGAAAACUACAGGCAGAAUUGGAAAAGUAACAGCUGCAACGGCAGCUAGCUGAAAAGUCAUUAGCGGACGAGAAAAGAAUCACGGAAAACUUGAAGGGCAGCCUGCGAGAUGCUUUUGUGAGGGAAAGAGAGCUGAAGUUGCAGCUCCCUGGGGACCUUGAGAGCGAACCAGGAUUGUCUAGCUUAUGGAAAGAAGCGACCUCGUCGCGAGGGAGGUUGCCCCUCACUAUCCGUGGGAGGAGCUGGGGGCGGUGACAGAACCUGACCCUACUCCCGAGCUCCGGCCACUUAUUAGAAGUGAAGUCGUGUAUGACGGCGAGGAUGCAAACCCGCUGUUACUACUAAAGAGAAGCUCCUUGCCCAGAAGCUGCCGGUCAGACCUCCCAUUCCUGCCUCCCUCAAAGGCAGUGGCCCCUCUUUUCUCCCUGCAGCAGCCCGGUUCUGUCCCCGGCUCCGUCCCAGAGAAGACAAUGCUGAGCAGCAGCAGCAGCACGAUGUCAAGCAGCGACAGGGAUUAUAAGAAGAUCAAGUUUGUGCUGUGUGGGGACAAGGAGUUCUUUGAGGAGGUGUCAGAGAGCAAUGUGCAGCCUGGGGACAUCGUGCUCGUCCCCUGUCUCAACAAGACUGGCAUCAUCACCAACAUCUUCCAGCAUGCAGCCGUGUACUGUGGGGACGGAGAGGUCAUACACUUCCAGAGCACGACCUCUUCUGAGAACAGUCGUGUGAUCAGCAAGGAAGGCUUUGAAGCCAUGAAAAAGGAGAGGGGGGAAUGUCAGAUUCUCCGGAAAAAAGGCGGGAUUAACCUCAAUGACUUCCGUUGUAAAGUCAGGAAGGCGAUGAACAGCGAAGACUAUCAUGACCUGCCCAUAAACAACUGCAUCGAAUUCGCCCUCUACCUCCUGGACAUGGCGGAAUUCUACAUGGAACUGGUGGAAAUCCAAAAUGAAGAUGACAGCUGCAGCAGUAGGGACAUGUUGACCAGUGUUAGGGAGUAUUUGCUGUUUGGGGACAAGAAGAUCUUUGAGGAGGUGUCGGAGAGCAAUUUGCAGCCUGGAGAUAUUGUGCUUUUCCCCUUUAUCAACAUCUCUGGCGUCAACAACAUCAUCUUCCAACAUGCAGCCGUGUACUGCGGGGACGGAGAGGUCAUACAUUUCCAGAGAACGGCCUUCUUCGGGAAAAGUGGUCUGAUCAGCAAGGAAGGCUUUGAAGCCAUGAAAAAGGAGAGGGGGAAAUGCCGGAUUCUACGGAAAAAAGGCGGGAUCAACCUCAAUGACUUCCGUUGUAAAGUCAGGAAGGCGAUGAACGGUGAAGCCUACUAUGACUUGUGCAAAAACAACUGCAUCCACUUUGCCCUCUACCUCCUGGACAUGGCGGAAUUCUACAUGAAACUGGUGGAAGUCCAAAAUGAAGAUGACAGCGGCAGCUGUUGGGCCGUGAGUAUCGUCAGUGUCAUCCCUUCCGUGCAGGGUCCCCUGGAGGAGUGUGGGGUCUGGGAAGGGCUGGGUCCCUGGGAGGGCUGGCUGGGGAUUCCCCAAAGAAGACUGGUGUCUCCAGAAGGUUUGGAGUCUCUGGGAGGGCUUUGGGGUCCCCAGGAAGGCUGUGGGGUCUCCAGGAGGGCUGGGGUCUCUAGACACGACCGGUGUCUCCAGGAGAGCUGCAGGAUCCCUAAGGAGGUCUGAGACCCAAGCAGGGCUGGGAUCCCCAGGAGGGCUGUGGUGUCUCUGGGAGGGAGGGGUCCCCAGGAGGGAUGAGAUUCACAGGGGGCUGGGGUCCCUGCGAGGGCUGUUGGGUCCUGAGCCGGGGUUUGUCCUCAGGAGGGUUGGGGUGUCUUAGAGGGCUGCAGGUUCUGGGAUGGAUGGGGUCCCCAUGAGGGUUGGGGUGCCCAGAGGGGGCUGGUGUCUCUAGAAGGGCUACAAUCCCCAAAAGGGACUGGGGACCUCAGGAGGGCUGGUUUUUCUGGGAGGGUGCAGAGUCCCCAAGAGGCGUGGGGGUCCCGAAGAGGGCCGUGCUGGCAGGGCACCCAUCUGCAG